UUUAGAUCGACGCUGCUAUUAUAAACUUUAAUAUAAAUAAUACUUUAUUAUAAAUAACAUUAAAUAAUUGUAUCAUGGCUUCGGUGGAACUGUUAACGCCACAUUUACCCAAGAUCAAAAUACCGGCUCCGCAGCAAAUAGUUUACAAAGAUGAAUGUGUUUAUUCAUUUGACAAUCCGGAGUCAGAAACAGGUCUGUAUGUUUCACUCACAUCUUUCCUUGGCUUCGGGCGUAACUACGUAGAACAGUACUUUCAGAAGACGGGCAAUCCUGUAUUCCUCCACAUACAGAGGGAGAAGAAACCUAUACCAGAACCGGAAGUGACUGGUGAUGGACCGGAGAAAAAGAUCACUCGUCUCGCUAUCGGAGUGGAGGGAGGAUUUGAGCCUGAUAUUGGCAAGCCAAAGUACACCUACACUGACCACUAUAAUAUUGUGGUAUUGCCGGGCUUCUAUACAUACCCCUGGCCAGAUCCAACACUGCCUGAAGUGAUAAAGAAAUCGGUACAAGCAAUUAUAAACGCGGAGUCACCAUUCAAAAUGGCGGAGAUGGCCGCAUUACAGGGGACGUGGGAUGGUGAGAGAAGAGAGGUAUCUGUGCAUGCAGUAAACUUGCAGCAGUUGGAUAACAAUGUGAAGAUCCUACCUUCGGGGUGGAAGUGUGACAAGUGUGAGCUCACCACUAAUCUUUGGCUCAAUCUCACUGACGGCUCAAUACUCUGCGGUAGACGGUUCUUUGAUGGCUCCGGUGGGAAUGAUCAUGCUGUGGAACAUUAUCGUGAAACCGGUUUCCCAUUGGCUGUCAAACUGGGCACCAUAACCCCAGAUGGGAAAGGUGACGUUUUCUCCUACGCAGAAGAUGAUAUGGUUGAAGAUCCAUUCCUUGCCGACCAUCUGAAGCAUUUCGGCAUCAAUGUACAACAGUUGCAGAAGACGGACAAAUCUAUGGUUGAAUUGGAACUGGAGUUGAACCAGCGCUCCGGAGAGUGGAACACACUGCAGGAGUCUGGUAGCGAGCUGCGGCCACUGCAUGGACCUGCUCUCACUGGUCUUAACAACCUCGGCAACACAUGUUACAUUAACAGUGUAGUCCAGGUAAUGUUCAGAAUGCCGGACUUCAUCAGGAGAUUUGUAGAAGGUGCACCUGAAAUAUUUUCCACGUUCCCAGAAGAUCCGGCGAAUGAUUUUAAUGUUCAAACUGCCAAGUUGGGCGUGGGCUUGCUAUCUGGACGGUAUUCAUUCCCAGAAGUGGGAGGGAUGCAGCGCGGUGUGUCUCCACACAUGUACCGGCAGCUGGUGGGACGAGGACAUCCUGAGUUCAUGAGCAAGAGACAACAAGAUGCCCACGAGUUCUAUCUGCAUUUACUUACUCUUAUUGAGAGACACAGUCGUCACCGUGUGAACCCUGCGGAGUGUCUGCGGUUCAGUGUUGAGGAGCGCGUGGCGUGCGGUGCAUCUGGUGCUGUGAGGUACACGCGGCGAGCUGAACAUCAUCUGCCACUACCUGUACCACUCGCAGCAGCCACCAAUGCGCAGCAAGUGCGGGACUAUGAACAACGCCGUGCCACAGCUGAGGCCGUCGGACAGAGACUAGACCCAUCACAAAUAGUGCGUCCUCAGAUCCCGUUCAGCGCGUGUUUGGAGAGCUUCAUGCGCGAGGAGACUCUCGAGCAGUUCUUCAGCACAGCUGUCAAUGAGAAGGUCACCGCCCAGAAAAUAACUCGUCUGGCGACGUUCCCCGAUUACCUGCUGAUCCAGCUGAAAAAAUUCACCAUAAAGGAAGACUGGACUCCUGCCAAGCUGGAUGUAGCUGUUGACAUGCCCUGGGAGGUAGAUCUAAGCUGUCUGCGAGGUCGUGGGCCGCAGCCUGAAGAGACUCUGUUGCCCGACUCCAGUCCGCAAGCUGCACCACCGCAGUACGACGAGACAGUACUUGCGCAACUUCUGGACAUGGGUUUCCCUGUGGAGGCGUGCAAGCGUGCACUUUACUACACGGGCAACACAGGCCUAGAGCCCGCCUCCAACUGGCUCAUGGAGCACCUCACCGACUGGGACUUUGCCAACAAGUUUGAACCUCCCGGCUCACAACCAUCAGGUGGCGCUAGUGUAGCAGUUGAUGAAGCGAGCGUGGCGAACAUAAUAUCAAUGGGGUUCACGAGACCGCAAGCGGAGAAGGCGCUCCGGGCUACCGAGGGCGACGUGGGCCGCGCCCUCGACUGGAUCUUCAGCCGCGCAGACCAGCUCGACUCCGAGGAGGAGGCACCUCCUAGGGAAGACCGCACACUCGGCUGUAGAGAUGGACCAGAGAAGUACAAGCUGAUUGCGUUCAUCUCACACAUGGGCACAUCGACAAUGGUGGGACAUUAUGUAUGCCAUGUGCUGCACGAGGGACGUUGGGUCAUAUUCAACGACAACAAGGUUGCUCUCUCAGAAAACCCACCAAAGGAUUUGGGUUACUUAUAUCUCUAUGAAAGGCUGUGAUCUCAACCAAAAGCAAUCAACUCUAGCAUGUUUUAGACUGUGUGCUUGAACACAAUGAAAUGUUUGACUACUGCCUAGGAUAAUGUUUAACAUAACCUAUGAUUUAAUUAUUAUACCAGAUAAAGUGUUUUAGACAAAUAUUUAGACAAAAGAUUCUCUUCUCACUUAGAAUAGAUUAUCAUAAAGAUAACUGUCACUAUAAGGUCUAAAAUUUAUCAUCCAUGUUCUUUAACAUUGUGGGUAACAAAACAUA